UAUUACGUAUACGUAAGGAAACUUGUUCUCUGGAGUCAAGUGGAGACGUCUCGUCCAUAAAACAGUCAUAAAUGCUAGCUGCCAGAAUGCGUUUCGUUCAAUAUUUACGGAAAGGCGAUCUCGCCAAACGUUUGGGUGUACUUGCCGAUGACCAAAAAUCAUUAGUGGAGUUAUCAGGCGUAGAGGGCGUGCCCUCCGAUCUGAAGGCGUUAAUUGCUCAGAAUCCCAAUAUUGAGGAAUUGUCAAAGAAGAUUCAAAAGCAACCCAAAUUGGAAGUAAAUGAUGAUGUCACAAUAUUACCCCCCAUUACCGAUCCUGGCAAAAUUAUUUGCAUAGGUUUGAACUAUCAGGACCAUUGCGAUGAGCAGAACAAGCCAGCCCCCAAAGAGCCCAUGUUCUUUAGCAAGUACAAUAAUGCUCUUGUUGGUCCCCAAGAUAAUGUGAUAGCGCAUAAAGCGACUGACAAAAUUGACUGGGAGGUAGAAUUGGUGUGUGUCAUUGGAAAGGUCGCACGUCAUGUGGCCAAAGAGAAUGCCAUGGAUUAUGUUUUCGGCUAUGGUGUUGCCCAGGAUAUCUCGGCUCGUGAUUGGCAAAAGGAGCGCAACGGUGGUCAGUUCUUGAUUGGAAAAUCCAUGGAUACAUUCCUGCCUUUCGGACCAGCUGUGGUGCACAAGAGUCUGGUCAAGGAUGUCUAUAAUUUGCCUCUGAAGACUUGGAUCAACGGUGUGGAGAAACAGAAUGGCAAUACGGGCAACAUGAUCUACAAGAUCGAUGAUGUUAUCAAUCGUCUGUCUCAGACAAUUACCUUGUUGCCCGGUGAUAUUAUUCUCACCGGAACUCCAAAAGGUGUGGGCAUGCAUCGCAGCCCCCCAGAGUUUUUGCAGCCCGGCGAUGUAAUCAAAACGGAAAUUGUUGGCCUAGGCACAAUGACUAACAAAGUUGUUGCCCCCUAAAAAAAAAAAAUGUUACAAAUUGUUCUAUUUAAUUAAACAAAACAUUC